GACAGCGGGCGUUGAAAGAGGCCACCCGUGCAGCUGAAGGCGCUAGAUUUCUUUCUCUCUCUAAGGAUUUCCCUCUCUUCUCCGCUCUCGGUGUGAGCUCCAAGCAAUCAUGACUGAGCAGCUCACGGACGAACAGAUCUCUGAGUUCAAGGAGGCAUUCAGCUUGUUUGACAAGGAUGGGGACGGCUGCAUCACCACCAAGGAGUUGGGUACUGUAAUGCGUUCGCUCGGCCAAAACCCGACCGAAGCAGAACUUCAAGACAUGAUCAAUGAGGUCGAUGCAGACGGCAAUGGAACCAUCGAUUUUCCCGAGUUCCUCAACCUCAUGGCUCGAAAAAUGAAAGACACCGAUUCCGAGGAGGAGCUCAAGGAAGCCUUUAGAGUCUUCUACAAGAAGGGGUCAGGCUGCAUCACCACCAAGGAGUUGGGUACUGUAAUGCGUUCGCUCGGCCAAAACCCAACCGAAGCAGAACUUCAAGACAUGAUCAAUGAGGUCGAUGCAGACGGCAAUGGAACCAUCGAUUUUCCCGAGUUCCUCAACCUCAUGGCUCGAAAAAUGAAAGACACCGAUUCCGAGGAGGAGCUCAAGGAAGCCUUUAGAGUCUUCGACAAGGACCAGAAUGGAUUCAUCUCAGCCGCUGAGCUCCGCCAUGUCAUGACCAACCUCGGCGAAAAGCUCACCGAUGAGGAAGUCGAUGAGAUGAUUCGUGAGGCCGACGUCGACGGCGACGGCCAAAUCAAUUAUGAGGAGUUUGUUAAGGUCAUGAUGGCCAAGUGAAGGAAUAGUCAUCUUGAAUGAGAUUAUGAUGUAUGGAUGUGUUAUUUCCAAGUAGUUGGCUUUGUUGUUUCCUUGAGCUUGUAUUUUCAUUGUUCUCUUAACCUAUGGUUUCCAUGAAUCUCUCAAUUGAUUUCAUUUCUAUCUA